ACAACAAACAUAUGGCGGCGAUUUUAUAUAUAAAACAAAACGUUCAUACCAACAUACCACUGAUUUAAACAGAGAAAUUGCACUAUUAUAUCUAAAUUGAGGGGUUAUAACGAGAGGGUUUUGUAUAUCUCAUCAUUAUCAAUAAAAGGACAGAACAAGAAGCCCGCUUGAGACAGGUAUACGUGAAAAAUGCCGGCAGAAACGAACUUGGAACAUGAUACAAGGAAACUUAAACUCUAUCGUAAAUAUUGUAUUUGUUUAUGUUUUCAAGUUCAUAGAGAAAUGGAGAAUAAGAAGCCAACUGAAAAUAUGAAUGCUCUGCGCAGAGAUAUAAAGAGAGCCAAACUCUUUGCCAUACAGCAUCUUACAAGGAGAGUUAAGAUGCUAAAAAACAAACGAGGAACAGCACAACAGCUUGAGAAGAACACACGAAAAGCUGCCAGAUUUGAGGAUGAGCUUGAACACAUCAAAGAACUUAACAUUGAUGAGGUUAUAAUUAAAAUCAAAGAUAAGGAUUUAGAUGUUUCUGCUAUGGAUGAUGAUAUAAAAGAACGUGCCAUAGCUAGAUUGCUCUCAUCCAAACCUAUCCAAGAUUAUUUAUCAAAACAAAGUCAAUCAAACAAUUCACAUAAGAGGCAGAAGUGUAACAAUCCUAAAGAAUGCUUAUCACAGACUGAACUAGAUGAAAGCGAAAUUACACGAAAAACGAAGGAGAUAGAGCCAGAGGAAGAAAACCCUAAUUCAUCACCAUUACAGUCAUACUCAGCAAGCGAUAACGAUUCCUCCCUGUCAGAAAAUGAAGAAAUAACAUUACAAAGAACUCCGACGUCAUUUUUUGUUGAAAGUUUAUCGUCUGUUAAAGAUCAUAAUACGACAAAACAAGCGAAAAAUACUCGACAGAAAAAAGAAAAGACCUCUAGCAGUGAAUCAAGAAUCGCUAUGAAAACGCAAAAGGAACGCAAGAAAUCGUCGAACAGGAUGGGACAGAGAGCGCGCCAAAGACUAUGGAAAGAGCAGUAUGGAAAGAAGGCCAACCAUUUCAAGUCCAACGAUAAAAACACCAACCCGAAACAGGACCGGAAGAAAGCAGAACGGAAAACAUCGACGAAAGGUAAUAAGAGGAAAGAUAACUCUGUCGAUGAAACGUUGAAUCAUCCAUCAUGGGAGGCAAGCAAGCGAAGAAAAAUGCAACAAAAUAUCAGCAAAACUAAAUUUCAAGGACAGAAAAUCACUUUUGAUGAUAGCGACUAAAAGAGACCUGACUAUUGUAGAAAAUAUGAACACUGUAUAAAAAAUAUACA